AUGACCUUUUCCGGGUCCGUUGGCGCAUAUAGCCGCCGACACCGAAGUGGACAAUGCCCUCCCUCAUCUUCGAGCGAUCGUAGGACAUCAGCGAAAUUCGCAACAAAUAGUAUUGCUUCUCCAACAUCGCGCCGCGGCGCAACCAUUGAUGAAAAUACUUACGCAGAGCGAUCCUUUCGUCCCGCGAACAAAACCGGGCAACGACUGCACAAUAACUACAUAGUCAAGAGCUUGGUCAUAGUUCUGCUCACCGAGCAUCUUCUGGAAGCUGGCGAUGCCAAGCUUCGUGGAGAAGACUUUCUCGGGCCGCAAUGCUUGAAUUCGAGUAUGCUGAUUGCUACUGACAGCGGUGGUGCAAUCGGUGCUGGUCUGUUCAUUGGAUCGGGCGGCGCAUUCCAAAGUGGUGGACCUGCUUCGGUUCUCAUCGGCUUUAUCAUCGUGGGCGUGAUGAUUUACCUCAUGAUGCAGGCACUUGCAGAACUGGCGGUUAUGUACCCGAUUAAUGGCGCCUUCACUAUGUAUAUCGUCAAGUUCAUCGAUCCGUCAUGGGGCUUCGCUUGUGGUUGGCAAUACGCCAUUCAAUGGCUGACUGUCCUGCCCUUCGAGAUUUCCGCUGCCUGCAACAUCAUCCACUAUUGGCCAGGCUCACAGGGCAUCAACAACGCUGCAUGGAUCGUGCCGCUUUUGGUUGCUUUAGUCGCCAUUCAGGUCUUUGGUGUCAAGGGAUAUGGAGAGGUCGAAUUCGUGCUCAGUGUGAUCAAAAUCCUGGCCUGUAUCGGAUUUAUGAUUCUUGGAAUCAUCAUCAAUUGUGGUGGUGUUCCAACCGACAACAGAGGCUACAUUGGAGGUGAAUACUGGACGGCUCCCUACAGCGCCUUCUUAAACGGCUUCCAUGGCUUCUGCAGCGUGUUCGUGACGGCUUCGUUCGCCUACACCGGAACCGAGCUUACGGGACUUGCUGCUGCUGAGACCGAGAACCCAAGGAAGGAGAUCCCAAGAGCAUCCAACCAGGUCGUAUGGCGUAUUGCCAUCUUCUACGUCGUCAACCUCCUGCUCAUUGGAUUGAUCGUGCCGGCCAACAGCCCGCUGUACUCUGGGGAGGGUUCCACCUCCCGUCACUCGCCUUUCGUCAUUGCCAUUCAGCUUGCAGGCAUCAAGGCUCUCCCAUCAAUUUUCAACGCCGUGAUCUUGCUCGCUGUCAUGAGUGUCGCCAAUUCCUGCACAUUUGGAUCGACUCGUACAAUCCAGGCUCUUGCAGCACAUGGCAUGGGCCCAAAGCUCCUCGCAUACGUCGACAAGAAGGGUCGCCCAGUCUCGGUCGUCAUACUACAGUUGCUAUUCGGCUGCUUGGCGUUCAUCAACUUGGCUGAAAAUGGCGGUGAUAUCUUCACAUGGCUCCUGGCUUUGUCUGGUCUCUCGCUGUUCUUCAUCUACGGCAGUAUUGCCCUCUCACACAUUCGAUUCCGUAAAGCUUGGGCUCUCAACGGCCACUCCGUCGACGAACUGCCAUUCAAGGCCGCGUUCGGCGUGUGGGGCUCCUGGGUCUGCCUCAUCAUCAACUUCAUCUGCCUUGUCGCACAGUUCUACGUCGCUCUGUACCCCAUCAGUGGUCCACAACUCAGCGCCGAGCUCUUUUUCGAGGCAUACCUGGCUGGUCCUUUCUUGGUUGCCCUAUACUUGAUCUGGAAGACCUACAGUUGGUUCGCCCGCCCAGAACAUCGUCCACUCUUCAUCAGAACCAGGGACAUUGAUAUCUACGAUGGCAUGAGAGAAGGUCAGCGAACCAUGAUCAGUGGUGUUGAUGUUACAGAGGGCCAGAGACGUGCCAGCAUUGCUGAGCUGCAGGAUGAAAAGAGAAAGAAGGGUGUCAAGGACUGGGUUGUAUCAGGUGUUCGCAAUAUCAUCUAGGCGAUGUUCGUCAGACAAUCAAAAAUGCUGCAUCACGCGUCGAAAGACACUGAUGGCUUAGCUGCUCUAGUAUUUGCUCGCCUGAGUCACGCGAACCAGUCGCGUAGGCCAGGUAUUGUAGACAGUAUAAUGCUUGAUACAUGGUCAG